CUUUUAUAUCUACAUUUCCCUCACCCCCGACUCCUCUCCGGAACGACCCUGCCGCUCACAUAUGCCCACGGCAAACUGCCCUCUUAUUAGUGCGGCGUCCGGUUUUCCUCCCUUCUUCAAACUGCCGUGCCUUCUUCCUCAUUCAACAAGCUUGCCAGCACCAUAUUCGUCAUCAUCUGAACAUCCAACAAAAUGGCCAUCAAAACAUGGCUCACAGAGAAACUGGGAGUCCGCAUCCCCUUGGUCCAAGGUGGCAUGAUGUGGGUAGGCCGCGCGGAGCUCAUCAGCGCGGUCGCCAACGCCGGAGCCCUAGGUUUCCUCACCGCCCUCACACAACCCACGCCUGAGGCACUGCGCGCAGAAAUACGCAAGACCAGAUCGCUUCUCAAAUCCCAUGCGGUGCAGUUUGGCGUUAACAUUACUCUACUUCCUGCGAUUAAUCCUCCGGACUACAUGGCCUACGCGCGUGUGGCGGUCGAGGAGGGAAUCAAAGUCGUGGAAACGGCAGGAAAUCCAGCGCCGAUCCUGAGCUAUUUGAAGGAGAAUGGGGUGAUUAUUGUGCACAAGUGUGUUACUUUGGCACACGCACUGCGCGCCGAGAAACUAGGCGUUGACUGCAUCUCCAUUGACGGUAUAGAGUGCGCGGGUCACGGUGGCGAGUACGACACCACAUCACUUAUGCUUCUUUCGCUAUGUGCAGAGCAGCUUAAGAUUCCAUACCUUGCAAGCGGAGGUUUUGCCAACGGAAGGCAGCUGGCUGCGGCGCUGACUCUGGGAGCCGCUGGUGUGAAUAUGGGAACAAGGUGGAUGGCGACAGUGGAGUCACCUAUCCACCCGGACGUCAAGCAGGCAAUUGUUAAAGCAACAGAGAACGACACCGUGUUGGUGCUCAGAAAAUUCAGAAAUACGACGAGGUUGCACAAGAACAAGGUUUCGAUGGAGGUGCACCAGAUCGAGAACACGAAGAAAGACGUCAAGUUCGAGGAUGUUGCUCACCUAAUGAGCGGAAAGAGAGGCAAGGGGGUUUAUGAAACCGGUGAUGUCGAUGCUGGCGUGUGGAGUUUGGGAAUGUGCGCCGGACUUAUCCACGAUGUACCGACUUGCGAGCAGCUGGUGAAGCGGAUGGAGAGAGAGGCUGAGGAAGUGCUGAGCAAAACUAACGGACUCAUAGUUUCACAAUCAAAAUUAUGAGAGUCUUUGCGAGCUGGGGAGUGGCUGUGGGUAGAUAUCAAGUUCAAGAACCAAAUAUCGAUGAAGGAAGAGAUUGAUAUCAGCUUCCGGUGACCUUCAUGCACCAACUGAACGGCCGAUGUAUUAUUAAGGCCUCUUUCUGCCGCAAGGACGCUGGGAUCUCUAGAUGCUCGACUGCCAAAUCGAUCUCCCCACCGUGGAAUCCACCUUAGUUUCUGAAACGCAUGUGGCGAUUUGCCACAAGUUCCGGCGUUGCACUUUAUCCAACUCGCACCACAUGAGGAAGCAUAUUG